UAGCGAAAUAAUGCAUUUUUGAUAUAGCAUUGUAUUCAUAACAGAAUUUAUAUCACAGGUAUUUUUGGAUAUAACGAAGAUUGUAAACUUCAUGAGCCAGACACCGUACGGUUCCAUGUCUAUGAACGACUUCCGGCGUCAGCAGUUUGUCCUAGUUGACGGCAACUUGAAGCUUUCCGACGUUGACGACACAGGGUUCGAGGAUCCUACAUGUCAGACCUCUGACGACUGUGAUGUUACAUUUUCCAGUGCUAACUUCUCUCAGAGGACCCUGUGCCGUCGUGGACGAUGUGUGCAAUACAAUGAAAAGAAGAAUCUUUUCAAUGCCGGCCGCCAUUUUGUUACUUUUCUCCUUCCCCACGGUGCACCUCGACGUCUCCAGCCAAUCAUCGCCAGCGUUGUUGAAGGAUACACUAAUCUCACGAUGUCAUCAGAACAACUUCUGAAACGAAUGAAUAAGAUUGUGAAAUUGUAUCGGUCAGGGUGGUACCUAAAUAGAACGAAAUCCAAGAAAUAUAAUUCCAGUUACAAGCAACUAGAACAGUCCGACCUGCCGGGUCAGCACGACUACCGUUGUCAACUGUCUAUCUCCAUGGCAACUUGUACAGUGUCUGUGUUUGAUCUUAGGGAAGCUGAAGAUGUGUGCAAUAGCGACAAUAAGUGUCGGGGUUUUGUUGUUACGCAACAGAAAACGUGGACGGGUCGGCAUCUGAUUCAUUUAAAGAAUAAUAUAGGUCCGCCAUCAAUCCAGCAAAAUACAACAUUAUACAUCAAACCAACAGGAAGGUGACGGGAGAAGUCCAAAGCACCAUUAGAUAUCUUUAGAUAUAAAAUAAAGUCAAUGUGUGAUUGUCUUUCUACAUUCCCAAGAUGAAUGGUGAAAUCAAACAUUCGUCUUUGUAGUUUUUAAUGUUGAUUAGACUUUCCAGGUAAGAAGUCAAACAAGAUCAAAUGAUGGACGUCACAUCUGCAUGAAAUCUUACCUGCGUAGAAGGUUGAUAUUGACAGUGAUUGGUAUUUUCGAAAAUAAAAUUCAAAAAUUUUAUUGCGGCAAUACUAGGAAGUCCUGAGCUAAACGAUCAGGAUUGACAGGAUAGCCAGGAUUAUCAGGACUAUCAGGAUUAUCAGUAUUAUUAGGAUUGUCAGGAUUAUCAGCAUUUUUUCGGAUUGUCAGGAUUAUCAUGAUUGCCAUGAUUAUCAGGAUUGCCAGGAUAUCCGGGUGGUCAGGAUUAUCAGUAUUAUUAGGAUUGCCAGGAAAGCCAGGAUUGUCAGAAUCAUCAGGAUUGUCAGGACUAUCAGGAUUAUCAGCACUUUUUCGGAAUGUCAGGAUUAUCAGGAUUUCAGGAUUGCGAGGAAUGCAAUGAAUGUCAAGUUGUCAGGAUUGCCAAAGAGCUUACCGCCAAAACAAUCACAAGUUCAUUCGGCACUAAAUUUAUAUGUCCAGGUGUUCAAAGUAUUUAAAGACAGUUUGUAGAAACAUACAAAAUGUUCUCGGCUGGUCAUAACAUGAUAGUGUUUACUGUUUAGACAGAAAAAUGUCAUUUGUUCCUAGUAUGUUCAAGGUAUGUCUAUCAACAAAAAAUGUGGAAAUAAAACGUAUAAUAGAUAUCUGUGUCUUUAGUAGAUUGUAAUAGACACGAAUGUAAUCCUUUAGCGGACACGAUCAUUUCUUUGUAAAAUCGAGCAACGCUGUCAUAAAAAUAAGGUUGU